AUGGCGGCACAAUCAUCGACAGCCCGAAAGGAAGCAUAUAGAUGGCGACGGUGGCUUGAGCAUCUGAGCGAGUCUCCAAGCUCGGCCAACCCGGCCAUCCAGAGCCGUUACGUUGACAUGCUGCUCGAGACGGAAAGAUUACCCAUUUUCCAUAAUUUGAUUGCAUCCAGCUGUACCUGGCUUCUCCUAGCGGGGUUUUUGGUUUUCCCAGGCACAUUUUCUACAUUGCAAGACACUGCGCUGGCGGACGGAUUUAAGGGCCGGAGACGGGAGAACGGGGUGAUAUCUGAUGCUAUCCAGAACCCCCUUCUCCUUGGCCUAGCUGCAGCAUCAUGUGCACUCGGCACCGCUGGCUGCCGCUGGCUUUGGUGGAGGUGGAGGUCGAAUCUCAUUUGGCCAACGCGCCAGAUUUUCCUGUAA